AUGAUAGCAAAAUUAUUGAUGUUUAACAUGAAACUCUUCCAGUUUGUAAUAGUUACAAUUUUGUACAACGUUAUUCCCAUUUUAUCUAAAAGUAACCCUCAAUCAUUACUGAAACCAAAUACUUCAUCCGAACAAAAAGGAUGGAUUAUACAACUCGAUAUUUAUUUUCCGAAAACUCGUCCAUCACUUGUUAGAAAGCGUCCAGGAAAUGAUGCUCGGUUAAAGUGUGAAGCUAUCUUAAACUUUACUAAAGUUGAGAAAUUCACUAAGAAUAAAGGUGGAAUUGAAACUUCAUCAAAAGAACUACCAGUCCAUAUUGUUGAAACGCUAAUGAAGAAUGUGAAGGUAUAUUGGUUGAAAGACUAUAACAGAACAUUAGCUGAGAGUACCAGGAUCAACAUUUUGACUGAAGUUGACAACACCAAUGGUACUAUUGGAACAGUUCUCAAAAUAAUUAAUUUACAUCCUUCUGAUAGUGGAAAUUACACUUGUGUUAUUAAACAGAAUUAUGAAAAAAAGUUCACAUCUAGGCUAAUUGUUGAAAAUGAUUCUACUGAGAAUUAUGAACAUUCAAAAGAAGAUAACUCUUUUGAAUUUUCUUAUGAUGAUGAUAACAAGUAUAUCGCUGAUAUUAAAACAACACCAAAAUUAGUGUCUGAAGGUAUGAUUAUAGGAGAGGAUACUCCCAACAAUAAUUCCUCUGUUAUAAAAUACUUAGAGCCAAUUUGUCAAGAGUAUGUUGGAAUAGUCUGCAAGUCUCAUUUAAGUGGACAGUUUGUUUAUAUACCAUAUAAUACAACCCAAGCUGUUUUAGAAGAAAAGUUACUUAAAGCAUUUCAAGUAACAAAAUAUUCCAAUGAUAUCAGUUCUCAGUGUGAGCAGUAUGCAGUGCCAAGUCUUUGCUACUCCACAUUUCCAAUUUGCAGGGACCCCAUGUCUACAAAUAAGAAAUUUUUUAAUGAAGCUAAGAAAAUUUUUAAGCUACAAUCUGAUUCUGAAAUAAAUAAUAACAGCAUACCAAAAGUUAUAUACUAUGAUAGUUUAUCAAAUGGAUUUCAACCUCAAUUAGCAAAUAAUAUUAAUGUACCAAUAGAUAUGUUCAACUUCAGAUACAACUCCACAGUAUUAAAACGAGUAUGUAAACAAGAUUGUGAAAUAUUAGAAACAGAACUUUGUCAGACUGAAUAUGCUAUUGCUAAGAGACAUCCGCACAUUGGCAAACAAUUAACUUUAGAAGAAUGUCAAGAUCUGCCUGAAGACGAUCCUGGAUGUUUAAAAAUUGGUAUUGGUACUUUAAUUGUAUCAGAUGAUGAGUGCUAUUGGGAAGAUGGGAGUGGGUAUUUGGGUCGAGUUAAUGUGGCUUUAAAUGGUAUGCCUUGUGUGGCCUGGUCUAAACAAAUGAUAGUUAAAAUGUCAGACCAUCCUGAAUUAGCUGGUCGUCACAGUUAUUGCAGAAAUCCCGGCGGGGUAAAAUCCCAACCCUGGUGUGUUGUAGAUAAUGAUGGAAAAUUUGAACAAUUAUGUGACAUUCCAAAAUGUGCUCAUAAAAUUUGGAUAUACAUACUAGCAAUUUUCUUUUUUUUAAUUAUGAUUAUUUCUGGUUCUGUUGGAUGUGUCAUGAAACGUAAAAAGAAAGAAAGUGCUUCUACUAUAAGAGACAUUAAUUUACCAAAUGCAGAUAAAAAUAUUUAUGGUGAUUCAAGACUUAAUUCUCCUAUAGAAAUGAAUGAGUUAUUAACAAAUCAGAACAAUGGUAGCCAGCCACAUUUGACAAGAAAUGUUAGGGGCAAUGGUGUAAUCAGAGUUCCACAAUACUCUUUAUCACAAAUUAAAUUUCUUGAGGAGUUGGGUGAGGGAGCUUUUGGUAAAGUCUAUAAAGGUGCUCUUAAAAAGAAUGGAGAUACACAGUAUGUGGCUGUUAAAGCACUCAAAGAAAAUGCUUCUGCUAAAACAAAAGCAGAUUUUCGAAGAGAAAUUGACCUUAUUUCAGAGUUGACUCAUGAAAACAUAGUUUGUAUUGUUGGAGUUGCUUUAAGAGAGGAGCCUUUAUGUAUGUUAUUUGAAUUCAUGGCCCGGGGUGACUUGCAUGAGUUUCUAAUGGGUCGAGCUCCUCCAUCUGGUAAAGGGCUGCCACCAAUAAGAUUACUGAAUAUAGCUUAUAACAUUGCAUCCGGUAUGCAAUAUCUUGCUUCCCAUCACUAUGUUCAUAGAGAUCUGGCAGCAAGAAAUUGCUUAGUGUCUGAUGAUUUUGUUGUUAAAAUCUCAGACUUUGGAUUAUCUAGAGAUAUUUACAGUUCAGAUUAUUACAGAGUGCAAUCUAAAAGUUUACUUCCUGUCAGGUGGAUGCCGCCCGAAUCAAUUCUGUAUGGCAAAUUUACAACAGAAAGUGAUAUUUGGUCAUAUGGAGUUGUUUUAUGGGAGAUUUAUAGUUAUGGAUUACAACCAUAUUAUGGAUACAGCAAUCAAGAAGUAAUCUCCAUGGUACGAGGUGGUGAAUUAUUAGCUCCACCAACUGCUUGUCCGCAACUUAUGUAUACUCUAAUGACUGAAUGUUGGCGACAUGUCCCGUUAAGACGACCCAACUUUGAAGAAAUCGUAAAUAGGAUUCAAGAGUGGAUACAAAUGGGAGGGUGUCCAGAGACAGACAGCGCUUGUAGUUAUAAGCCAAGUUCAAGCCGAGACUUGCCUGAGAAAGUGCCUCUUAUACCACCUCAUUGCUCAUCUUCAAAUGGAUCUUUGGCCACAGGCAGUUUAAAGAAAUUCAGCACAGCAGGGAGUUCAAGGGGGGACGAUAAUUUCUCAACUUGCAGUGAAGUACCUCCUCUUGCUCCUAAGACUAAGAAACACAGUUCUGGUUCUCUCAUUGACACUGAUAAAGUUGGUAAGGAAACAAUUGUUAGAAUACCUAACUCCCAUUUUGGAAACGAGAUAUAG